UUUAGAUUGAGAGGGCUGCUUGACUGAAACAUUGGGAGUCUAAAGCGAUUAUAUUCUCUGCUCAUAAGAUAAAGCCUCCAGUGUUUUGCUUACAUCAUAGCUGAGUAAACACUCAACAGAAACCAAAAAGACAAAGUCAAGCCCUGAGUGCUGGUCCAUCAUUUCCCAUUCAUGAUGGAUGUUUUGUCACGAAUCCCGCUUCCUGAGUCUGUGUUUGCCUGUGUUUCUGUCCUGGAGUGUGUUUCCGGUGUCCUGGAACGCACCCUGUCUGGUUGCCGGGCGCAUUAGCUUGUUGGGAGAUCGAUGUUCACCCGCACCUGUAUCCCAUCAGUAAUCUGCACACCUGUCCUGAUCAUCACCUCUCCCCUUCAAAAGCUCUGACCUGACAUCCUUUCCCUGCCGGAUCGUUAGCCAUGAACAGUAUGUUGUGCCCACGAACCAGCCUCCAGUUUAUAGAGUUUGUUUUGUUUUAUUGUUUUGUACGUCUUGCUUGCCUUUAACUUACCGCCGUUUGUUUUGUCUACAGCCAUUCACCCGGAACCCAUACCCCAUCCCUGUCUGCUCGUCGCCAGUGUGUUGUUAUCCAUUGGAUCUGCCUAUCCACUCCCAUCAACCCACCUCUGCUGCCCGCUCCUCCACCCGGAACUAUCUACCUCCACGUUCUCAUUGAUUAAUAAAUACUCACCAUCUUUAUACUCACCUUGUCCUGGUCUGCUUCUGGGUCCAAUUCUGGUCAACCCUGACAUGUUUAUAGUUUAUUUAUUGCCUACUUGGCUCCACGUCCAAUUUGAGUUGAAAGUUUAUUUUAAACAGGGCUUCACUUUAUGAAGUGAAAGAAAAGGAAAUAAUGAUUACAUAGACUCAUAACAACAGUAUGGUAGCCUACAGUAUGAGUGCUGAGUUGUGUUCUGGUGCUUGACAGGGUCAUACCAGCCAUUGAUUAGUUACCUGGACUGGCCGAGCUGUUUCAUUUCCCUACUGCUGUGAAGGAGUGUUGCUUGCUCGGAUAGGUCCUGCCACCCUUUCCAAAGCCGGGAUCUCAGAGGCCUCUAGGGUGAUGUCUGUCGUGUGUGUGUGUGUCUGACUCAUCUCAGCAUUGAGAGUGACAGAAAGCCCAACCAGCAUGACCAUGACAUAGGGAUUAUCUUGAUAUGAUGAAUUUGCUUCAUCACCGAAUCUGUACAAUUCUGUAGAAUUUCUAAUACAGCUUACAAGCAUGUCUAAACAGCUGAGCUUUGAAGUGUAUUCAUACAGCGGAGUUGAUUUGGAGCAGGUGUGGACAGGUAUUUGUAUUUAUUAUGGAUCCCCAUUAGUUCCUGCCAAGGCAGCAGCUACUCUUCCUGGGGUCCAGCAAAAUGAAGGCAGUUCAUACAGUUUUAAAAACAUAACAUUACAUUCACAGAUUUCACAACACACUGUGUGCCCUCAGGCCCCUACUCCACCACAUAUCUACAGUACAAAAUCCAUGUGUAUGUGUGUGUAUAGUGCGCAUGUUUUCGUGUGUGCGUGUAUGCACGUGUCUGUGCCUAUGUUUGUGUUGCUUCACAGUCCCAGCUGUUCCAUAAGGUGUAUUUUUAUCUGUUUUUUAAAUCUAAUUUUACUGCUUGCGUCAGUUACUUGAUGUGGAAUAGAGUUCCAUGUAGUCAUAGCUCUAUGUAGUACUGUGCGCCUCCCAUAGUCUGUCUUGGACUUGGGGCCUGUGAAGAGACCUCUGGUGGCAUGUCUUGUGGGGUAUUUAUGGGUGUCCGAGCUGUGCCCCAGCAGUUCAAACAGACAGCUCAGUGCAUUCAACAUGUCAUCUGGAAAACUUGUAUCUGAAGAUUUUUCUAUAGCAAAGAAAAGUCUUAUCAGUUAGAGGACCACUUUGCCUUCCACUACAUUUGACAUUUGAUAGCUGUGUGAUAGGAAGUCUGAAAAGAGCUGGAGUCUCUGUGGAGUGGUUGUUGUUACUGAAAUGCCUGUGUUAUGCAGGAGAGAACACACAGUUUAGGCAGUGACUCAGGCUGCAUGUAUUACUGUGAUUAGCUGGAGCUACUGCAGUGUGGGGAGAGAGAGAGAAAAAUAGAGAGUGGUGGAGCGAGAGCUUCCCUGCAUGUCUAUGCGAUUGUGUUUUCACAGGUCUACUGCGUUAAUAUACAAUGCAGUUUCCCUCUCUCCACUCCCUCCUUCUCUCCUCCACUCUUUCUCUCUGUAUGCUAAUCUUCACUCGCUCUCACUGCUCAAAUCUCUUUCUCCUGCCUUCGCCUCUACAGUGAAGAUGACAUCCCCAGUUUUGAUGAACCAGCGAGCCUCUCCUACUGGCCGGUGGCUGCCCAGCAAGACCCCACAAGAUUGGGUUUUCUGGGUGAGGACUUGCCCCCUCUAAAGUGGUUCUAAAGGCACUGACAGCACCGGCCAGGUCUGAAUGGAACAGGAGAUCUCUCUAGUCCAGAGUAAGAUGUCUGAUCUGGAGUCAGUACUGCAGCAGAAGGAUGUGGAGCUGAAAGCCUCAGAGACACAGAGGACCAUCCUGGAGCAAGACCUGGCUACCUACAUCACAGAGUGUAAUAGUCUGAAGCUUAGUCUGGAGCAGGCCCGUAUGGAGGUUUCCCAGGAAGACGACAAGGCACUGCAGCUCCUCCACGGCAUCCGGGAGCAGAGCAACAAGCUGCAGGAGAUUAAAGAACAGGAGUAUCAUGCCCAGCUGGAGGAGAUGCGCGUGGCCAUCAGGCAGCUGGAGGAGGACCUGUCUGCGGCCCGUCGUCGUAGCGACCUGUAUGAGUCGGAGCUGAAGGAGUCCCGUCAGACCAGCGAAGAGCUGAAGAGGAAAGCAGCAGACUGUCAACAAAGGAUGCAGAAGGCCAAGGAGCAAGGAAAAACUGAUACAGAGGAGCUUCUGUCAAAACUGGAGAAGACCAAUGCUGAACAGCAAGUGAAAAUUGAGGAUCUCCAAUAUAAGCUUGCCAAGGCAGUGAAGGCGAGCAGUGAGACCACAGAUCUCCUCUAUAGUAUCAGGGUGGCUAAGGAGCGCAUGGAACAUGAGCUGGAGAUGCUUCAGACCAAGGAGGACUCCAGUGACAGCCUCCGGAGACGCCUAAGAGAGACAGAGGAUGGCAGGAGGACCCUGGAGAGCCAAGUGAAGAGGCUGGAGAUAGUUGAGCGCAGGGAGAGUAAGCUGAAGGAGGACAUGCAAAGCAAGGCCCAGCAGAUCCAGCAGAUGACGGAUCAAAUCAUCGACCUGGAGGAGAGUCUGCGUGAGAGCAAGUCCACAGCCCAACGUGUGGAGACCCACCUGGAGCACAAGGAGAAGCUUUAUGAAGAGAAGAUCAAGGUUCUGGAGAACCAGAUGAAGGCAGGCAUGGCAGAUAAGGAGAUGCUGGAAUCCAGUCAGAGCAAGUAUGAAGAGGAGGUCCAGGAGAAGUGCAGCAUCAUCAGUGAGCAGAAGGCGACCAUAAAUGCCAUGGACUCAAAGAUGGCCAGCCUGGAGCAGAGGAUUACUGAGCUAUCUGAGGCCAACAAACUGGCAGCCAACAGCAGCAUCUACACCCAGAAGAACAUGAAAGCCCAGGAGGAGAUGAUCUCGGAGCUGAGACAACAGAAGUUCUACCUGGAGUCUCAGGCUGGGAAACUAGAGGCCCAGAACGCCAAGCUGGAAGAGCACCUGGAGAAGAUGAGUCAGCAGGAGCAGAGCAACAAGAGCCGAGUGCUGGAGCUGGAGAACAGGCUGAGAGAGAUGGGCCUUGAGCAUGAGGAGCAGAAGCUGGAGAUCAAGCGUCAGGUGACGGAGCUGACUCUGUCGUUACAGGAGAGGGUUUCUCAGAUCAGUGGGCUACAAGCGGCACGCCAAUCCCUGGAGAGUCAGCUGCAGCAGGCCAAAUCAGAGCUCGAGGACACCACCGCUGAGGCUGAGGAGGAAAUCUGUGUUCUUAGAGCCCACCGAGACGAGAUCCAGCGCAAGUAUGAUGCCCUCAGAGACAGCUGUGCGGUGAUCACAGACCUGGAGGAGCAGCUGACCCAGCUGACCCAGGAGAACUCUGAGCUGAACCGUCAGAACUUCUACCUGUCCAAGCAGCUGGACGAGGCCACGGACGAGACAGAGGACCGCCUGCAUCUGGGUCAGGAUGUGGACCGCCUCCGCCACGAGGUGGCUGACCGCGAGAUGCACCUCAACAACCAAAAACAGAACAUUGAGACACUGAAGACCACGUGCACCAUGCUGGAGGAGCAGGUCCUGGAGCUGGAGACUCUGAAUGAUGAGCUGCUGGAGAAGGAGAGGCAAUGGGAUGCCUGGAGGGGAGCCCUGGAGGAAGAGAAGAACCAGGCUGAGAGGAGGACCAGGGAGAUCCAGAGACUGCUGGACAACGAGAAGCAGAACAGGCUACGUGCUGACCUGCGCAACUCGGAGGCUCGUCAGUCUAUUGAGCAGGCAGUGAAGGAGCACAAGGCUGAGAUUCUGGCCCUGCAGGAGGCCCUCAAGGACCAGAAACUCAAAGCAGAGAGCCUCUCUGACACACUGAAUGACCUGGAGAAGAAGCAUGCCAUGCUGGAGAUGAAUACAAGGAGUCUGCAGCAGAAGCUGGAGACUGAGAGUGAGCAGAAGCAGAGGCUGCUGGAUGACCAAGGAAACCUGCAGCAGCAGUUCGAUGUUCAGAAGAGCCACAUCUUCCGGCUAACCCAGGGGCUGCAGGAUGCUGUGGACCAGACUGACCUGCUGACGACUGAGAGGACUGACCUGGAGUACCAGCUGGAGAACAUCCAGGCUGUGUACUCCCAUGAGAAAGUGAAGUUGGAGGGGACCAUCACCCAGCAAUCCAAACUCAUAGACUUCCUCCAGGCCAGGGUGGACCAGGGGGGCUCUAAGAAGAAAAAGGGUCUAUUUGGGCGGCGCAGAGAGGACCUGCUGGCUGCCAUGGCAGCCCAGGGCCAGUCCCAGGUGCCCCAGCAGGUAUCCCCUGCACCCUCCAUGAAGCCGGUGCCCCUGCAGUACAGUGAAAUGAAAGUGUCCCUGGACAAGGAGCGCUCCCGCUGCUCUGAGCUGGAGGAUGCACUGCAGAAGAUGAGACUGGAGCUGCGCUCCCUACGAGAGGAGGUGGUCCAGUACAAACCUGUGGACCAUGGUGGUACCCCUGACACCCCUGCCACAACGCGGCAGCAGAUGAUGAUGUCUGCCAUGGUGAAGUCUCCUGAGCACCAGCAGGGCCUGAGCAACCUGCUGGCUACCUCGAACUCUGGCCGCAGGAAGGAGGCUGCCCCCCCAGAGGAGUACGGCCAUCGCAUGAAGGACAGUCAGAGAGACAGGGAGAGGGGGAGGCAGAGGGAGAGCGUUCACCACAACACCCCUCACCGCUUCACUGUGGGACUCAACAUGAGGGCUGCCAAGUGUACUGUGUGUCUGGAUACUGUGCACUUCGGUCAUCAGGCAGCCACCUGUAUCGAAUGUCACGCUUUGUGUCAUCCAAAAUGCUCCCGCUGUCUUCCUGCUGCGUGUGGCAUGCCUGGGGACUGUGCCUUGCAUAUAGCUGAGGGGCUGUGCCGGGACAAAGGCAGUUCCCCUGGCCUGCAGCUCAAAGAGGCCAGUGGACAUGUUCACCUGGAGGGGUGGAUGAAGCAGCCCAGGAAUGUGAAGCGUGGCCAGGGCUGGGAGAAGAAGUAUGUGGUGCUGGAUGGGACCAAGGUGACCGUCUACGAAACAGAGCCCAGAGAAGAGUCAGUGAAGCCGUUGGAGGAGUUUGAGCUAUGUCUGUCUGAUGUAGACUUGAUGGUGCAUGGUGCUGUAGGGGCAUCUGAGCUGCCCAACACCGCCAAGUCAGACGUGCAGUAUGUGCUAAAACUGGAGUCCCACCCCCACACCUCGCGCUGGCCCGGACAGACUCUGUACUUCAUGGCUCCCAGUUUCCCAGACAAGCAGCGCUGGGUGGCCGUGCUGGAAUCUGUGGUGGCAGGGGGGCGAGCAUCCCGGGAGAAGGCUGAGGCAGAUGCAAAACUGCUGGGGAACUCUCUGCUGAAGCUGGAGGGUGAUGACAGACUUGACAUCAACUGUACUCUCCCCCUCACAGACCAGAUAGUGUUAGUGGGUUCUGAGGAGGGUCUGUACGCCCUGAAUCUGAUCAAGAACUCCCUGACCCACAUCCCUGGCCUGGGCUCCGUCUUCCAGAUCCACAUCAUGAAAGAACAUGAAAAGCUGCUGAUGAUUGUUGGGGAUGAGAGGGCGCUAUGUCUGGUGGAGAUUAAAAAGGUGAAGGAGUCUCUGGCCCAGUCACACCUGCCUGCCCAGUCUGAACUGGAACCAUUUAUCUUUGAGACGGUCAAGGGCUGCCACCUCUUCUCUGCAGGCAGAAUAGAUAAUGGGCCUUGUAUCUGUGCUGCAAUGCCGAACAAGAUUACAAUUCUGCGUUACAAUGAUAACCUCAACAAGUUCUGCAUUCGCAAGGAGAUAGAGACUCUGGAGCCCUGCAGCUGCCUCCACCUGACCAACUACAGCAUCAUCAUCGGCACCAACAAGUUCUAUGAGGUUGAGAUGAAGCAGUAUGUUCUGGAGGAGUUCCUGGAUAAGAAGGAUGUGUCUCUGGCCUCGGCGGUGUUUGCUUCCUCCUGCCACAGCUUCCCCAUCUCCAUAAUGCAGGUCACCAGCACUUUGCAGAAGGAGGAGUACCUGCUCUGCUUCCAUGAGUUUGGAGUGUUUGUAGACGCAUAUGGACGAAGGAGCCGCACCGAAGAGAUCAAAUGGAGUCGUCUGCCCCUGGCCUUCGCGUACAGAGAGCCCUACCUGUUUGUGACAUAUUUUAACUCUUUGGAUGUGAUCGAGGUUCAGGGACAUGCUGCACUUGGCCCUCCAGUGCUAGCCCACCUGGACAUCCCUAACCCCCGUUACCUGGGUCCAGCCAUCUCUUCUGGGGCCAUCUACCUGGCCUCCUCCUACCAGAACAAGCUGCGGGUCAUCUGCUGCAAGGGCAACCUGGUCAGGGAGUCUGGGGAGUUGCAGAGGACCGGCUCCAGCCGUGGCAGCCCCAGUAAGAGAGGACCACCUACAUACACAGAGCACAUCUCCAAGCGUCUGGCCUCGGGUCCUAGCAGCCAUGAGGGGCUUCACCGUGAGCCCAGCACACCACACCGCUUCCGGGAGGGCCGAACUGAGUUCCGGCGGGACAAGUCCCCGGCGCGCCCCCUGGACAGAGAGAAGUCCCCAGGCCCCAGACUGGACAGCCGCAGAGAGAGGUCCCCUGGGAGGUUUGACGAUCGCCAACGUCUCCACUCCGGCUCUGACCGCCGCACACAGCUCACCCCUGUCAACAAGGUGUGGGACCAGUCGUCUGUGUGAGUAACACAAGGAGAGGUUUAGGAGAGGAGCUGUGUGACCCGCUGUCCACUCUGCACAUGGCUACACCAUCUAAGGGUGACCAACCAGAAAACCCAUCGCCUGUAUAUAGUGCAAUCUGGAUUCAUUUGCCAACACACUAUUGCACUGGGGAAAUGUCCUUUGACAAUCUUGUCCUUUCUGAUAUGUGUAUUCAUUGCUAUGGUCCUAUGGCAGAUAGUUGUUCAACAGAGCAGCAUUAGCAGGGAACCCCUGUGGAUCUAAUGGGUCGAGGAUAUAAACCUUUAUAAGUACUAAAAUCAAAGUUGUAAAUAUUGUUCCAGUUUUUAUAGCGAAAAGGGAAUAGUAGGCUGGUACAGCCAAGUCUAUAUUUUUUAAGGACGUGUUUCUAAUGAUGUUGCAGGGAGAGAAAUCUCAUCUCAAAAUCUCAUCUUCAUCAUCCCAGAUGCAAUACUGUAAUUUUUGCUUUUCUCUGGACGGUCAAUCAUGCCAACAUUUAAUCACCCAUGUACUGUACAAAUAAUAUGGGUUCCGAGAAGGCAAUACUCAUGAGCUUUUCACUUUGAACUUCAAAUUAAGGGCUCUAGUCAAUCUGCAUUGCAGAAAUUCAGCUUUACAGCAUGAUUGAAAUUUAUAAGCAAUGUUAGUGGUUUAGCGGAGACUGCAUUCACGGUAAACGCUGCAUGUCGGCUCAAUCUGAAAUUACCUUUACAUUUCUAUCAUGGAAUCUAACACUUCAGCUUUAAAGACUGAAUAGAGCCCUAACUGUGCAGGAUUCCAAAUUCAUUAUUUCUACAUGACCAGUCUUCUUUUUUAUUAAAUGGACUUUGAUAUCUAAUUGCAUAUGAUUGUUUAAUAACAGUUAGUCUUACCAUACUAAUGGACAAAAUACAUGUUAAGUAUAUUUAAUACAAGGAACACUUGUAGCCUAAGAAGAAUAAUACGCCUAUAAUCUUAGUCUUUGAUUUGAACCAGCAGGCAGUGGAGCUGGCUGACCAUUAGUCUGCUGCCUGCAGCUACUUAUUAUGGUGCAGUGAACUAACUAUGAAGUCCAGUAAUCUUCAGGGUUCGUCACUACUAUCGCUUCUAUUUCAAUUGAUAAAAUAUUACAUUUGUCACAUCAGAAGAGCAUGAGUCAUUUAGAGCAGCAGUUGCUUUUUUUUUUUAAUUUUUGGUUUGUGUUUUUCUGUCAUGUAGUCACAUGAAUUUGUAUUCAAUAAGUAUACAUUGUUGCAAGACAACUAAAGGUUUUUGUACAUACAUUAAAGAUGAUUGAGCUACCCUGGCAAUGUGUCAAGAUAUGUACCAUACAUCUUACAUAUUUUCAUUUUGCAUGAGAAACUAUUCCGGCUAGCAAAUAACCAAUGGAAAUAGCCCACUUUAUUUUCCUUUAUUUCUACAUCAAUGUAAUGCUCUUUAAAGUAAAUUCAACAAAACAAAAAUAAACAUUCUAAACAAAAAGAGCACUUGUUGUUACAAGAAACUGCCAUGUCCUGUUACAGGAAACAGCUACAAAGUCCUCUGCGACCGACGAUACAUGAGAAGGUUGAAAGUGCUUGUUAAAGAUAACGGUAAAGGAGGAAAACAAAUCAAAAGCACAUUAUUUAUCCCUUUAUUACACAGGAGGUUGGUGGCAACUUAAUUGGGGAGGACAGGCUCAUGGUAAUAGCUGGAGUGGGAAUAGUUUCAAAUAGAUUAAACACAUGGUUUCCAUGUAUUUGAUGCCAUUCCAUUUGCGCUGGUCGGGCCAUUAUUAUGAGCCGUCUCUCAGCAGACUCCACUGCUUUGUUAAAGACCUGUAUAAGAACUGCUUGGCACCAGUUUCCCUCUGACACACACGCUCGGAAACACUUGCAUUUACACCGGAUUCCUGGGCCAUUGCAGGGAUGCCUCCUAUGGGGAACUACGUGAUGGACAGCUUCUUAAAUCACACGAGGGAAGAGAAAUGAAAGCCAAAGAAGAUCAAAAUAACUCAAAAACCCAACUGGACAAAGUGUAAGGGCUCCUCCAGACAGACAAUGUGUAAAUCCAACCCCUCCACAUACUCCCAUCAUCAUAUCCAGCUAUGCCCCACAACAGCACCAAAAUAAAAAACAGGCUCAUCCCUCAUGAGUCCUUCUGUGGGUGACAUAAUACUGAAUAGAACAGACUCAUUUUCAGCUUUAUUGUUUGAUGUAUUUCUGUGGCAGUGUCUACUUUAACUGAAAUGCUAUGCAAAACAACUAAUGUUGUUAGCCCUCAAUGUCAAACCUCAGUUUGGGAAAGUAUGACCAGAAAGACCCACAUGGCUUUGAGAUCUGAAGCUAUGGACCACUUAGUCCAGCCAUUGAAAUGUACACAGUAUAAGCUAUUCAGGGGGUCAUUGAAAGAGAUCAACAGUCAAGAGUUUGGUCUAAGCCCUCAGAUGGUUUUACAAGAUGGCUGUCCAAACUAUACAUGGCUCUUUCACACAGUCUGCUGAUCAGGUAGAGAGUUGUGAAUAAUAACAAUUGCUGAAAUCCCGCGAUUCAUUUGUGUCCUGCUAGUACGACAAGUGGCAUUAUUAAUGAUUGGCAGUCUUGAAGGAUAUAAUUUGACAUCGUAUAGGGUUGUAUUUGUACAUUUAAUUCUCAUAAAACCCAAAUCAUUCAUAACAAAAGGCCAAUAUUGAUGGCGAACAUCUGAAAAGCAAAUAUCAACUACUACAAGCACAGUGAGAAUAUCUGUGUGCAUGUAUGAGUGUGUGGAGCUCCUGUCUGUAUGGUAGAGGUAGUGUGUACAUGUACUGUAUAUGAGUGGGGUAUGCGU